AUGGCGGACCAUGCGAAUUUAGCACUUGCAGUGCUCGCUAUAUUUUUCACGAUUUCUGCAAAUCCUUACAAGUUGCCGCAUAGAAAAUUCGAAUAUAAGCACAGUUUUAAAGGACCUCACUUAGUGUCGAAGGAUGGGACGGUACCCUUUUGGGAACACACUGGACAUGCGAUUGCUAGUGAUGAGUCAAUCAGAGUUACGCCCUCGUUGAGGAGUAAAAAAGGUGCUGUGUGGAAUAAAAUUAAAAAUACGAAUAACUUUUGGGAAGUCGAGCUGAAGUUCCGCGUGACUGGCAGAGGGCGUAUCGGUGCUGAUGGUCUGGCUUUCUGGUACACAGACGAACGAGGAAAGGACGGUCCCGUCUUCGGCAACAUUGACCAAUGGAAAGGCUUGGCUGUUUUUUUCGACUCUUUCGAUAAUGACGCACAACAUAACAACCCUUACAUCAUGGCGAUGAACAACGACGGCACAAAGAAAUACGACCAUAACAGUGAUGGCUCUCAUCAACAACUUGGAGGUUGUUUGCGAGAUUUUAGAAACAAACCGUUCCCAGUCAAAGCCAAGAUCGAGUAUUACCAGAAUGUGCUGCAGAUCUACUUCCACGCUGGUAUGUCGGCAAGCGAUGAAGACUAUGAGCUCUGUAUGAGAGCGGACAAUGUUGAGCUUCCAAAAGACGGUUUCUUUGGUGUCAGUGCUGCUACGGGUGGACUCGCUGAUGAUCACGAUGUCAUUUCUGUCCUGACCCACAGUCUGACGGUGCCCCCAGAUACCGAGCAGCCCUCGGGAAGCAAAGUGACGGAAGACGAAAAAAAGAAACUUGAAAAAGAAUUUGACGAUUAUUGGGAAAAGCUACAGAAAGCCAAAGAGGAAUAUCGUAAGGAACAUCCCGACAAAAAGAAGGAGUCUGAUUAUGACGAGGACGACAAAUGGUUCGAAGACCAAAAAGAACGAGAACUCAAAAAUAUAUACCAAGGUCAAAAUGUCAUGCACAUGACCUUGAAGGACCUUAAUCGCAAACUUGAUAUGAUCAUCGGGCAGCAGGAGCGCACCCUAUCUCAGCUUGGAUCAGUAUCGGGAGGCGGAGGUGGUGGUGGUGGAGGCGGAGGCGGUGUUGCCGUGGAUACCAUCAAACGCCACGAGGUCGAUGAGGUGUUGCGUAACAUACGGGAUACGCAUUCGCAGAUCAGUGGAAUAAAGAACACAGUAGAGGCUGUUCAGUCCAAAGUUGUCAGCGGCGGGGGUGGCGCUGGUAUGGAUAUGUCCCUUCUUAGCCACGAGUUACGCGAUAGCCUUAACAAUGUCAAAGCAGACGUCGCCAAAAUAUUGAAUAAACCACCUGGGGGUGCUAUCCCGCAAGAGUGUCCGACGACCAAUUGUAUCGGGACUACGUUCUUCCUAGUUAUUAUCGCUGCUCAAACUCUUUUAUUUAUAGGAUAUUUAGUUUAUAAAGGCAAUAAGGAAGCGGCAGCGAAAAAGUUCUAUUAGUGAAUAAUUGGUUUAAAAAUAUAAGAAAUUGUGCGUUUAUUUUUGUUUUACCAUCUUAGUCAAUCAGGGGACUGGUUGUGUUUUCUGUUGCUUGUAAUAAUUUGGCUCGGACAGGCCUUUCAAUUACAUCAUUUUCACACCGCUAUACGGUGUAGGAAAUUUGGCAUGUCCCCAGAUUAGGCCCUUUUUUUUAAGGGGUAAUUUGACACCCUGAAGGGUUUUUGACACCUUAAAUGACCAAAUCUCAUCCUAAAUGGCCUAAUUUGAUACUUUUCAUCCUAAAAUUAUGAGUUUUCAGGUACAUGUGACAAUGUCAGUCAAUAAGGACGUCGAUGUUCAGGCAAAUUGGCACGACGAAAUGUCCCCAAAUUAAGCUAAAAAGCAAAAAAAAAACAUGUUCCCAAAAUAGGCUAAAAAAAUACAGGGUGUAGAGGUCUCCAUGUAAUUGAAAGGCCUGGGCUCGGACCACCCGGUCCAAAUAGAAAAUGCUUGUUUCAUUUUGCCGAAAAGUUGGCAAAAACAUUCUUCUACACCAGAGUUUUUUUGUAAAUCUGUGUAGCAUUUCUAAACGGUGAGAAAGCUCGAGCCGUUUGCCACAUUAGGGCUUUAAUGGUAAACAAGCUGUGGAAAAUACAACUAGUUUCAAUUUUGAACUUUUUGCAUAGUCGGCAAUUUUUAGCUCCGAGAUAUUUUGUUUGUUAGUUCGUCGUAACGCCACCAGGAGGAGUCUUGGUUAAAGUAUCCAUUUAUAAUUAAAGAUGCAUGAUGUAAGAAAUUCAAAAAUCAAAAUAAAUAAUACAGAUGAGUGAAAAGUAAAUGUCAGUGUGACUGGGAAUAGCAUAAUGUCUCAACUAGGAAGUUUUCAUUUGAUACGUAAACCAUUAUAAGUCACAGUAGAGUUUGAGGAAUUGCGUUGUUCCGUUGAUUUGUUGACGGCAAUCAAACACAAUGUAUGAGCUAGUCUUUGACGUUGUCUAUUAAAAUUAUGUAAAUGUUACUUCACUGCUAUACUGUCUCUGUGCAUGCUAUACUGUAAAUUCAGCACUAUUCGCGUGCUCUUUAUUUUUCACAUUUUUUGCUUUUGCGCAUUAUCGCGAAAAUAUGGCCGAGAAAAUGAAAACGUAACUAAAAUUACGGUUGUCAAAAUGCUAAAUCAAAGGUCCACAAAGUUUGCAAUUUCACGAAACAAUAAAAAAUGGUUGCGAAUAUUUCCGAGUUUACAUUACAGUUGACAUUGUACUUGUCAGAAGUGGGUGUUCAGAGUCAAAACCAAAAUGUAUGCACAAUGGACAAAAUAAUAGUCGUAGUUCCACCUAUCAUAAAACCCCGUGUUUUUUCAAGACCCGUGUCUUCGCCGUGUGUCAAAAAACCUGGGGCGCACUUGCACCUAUCAAUGGUGUUAGAUAAUGGUUAAUAGCCCCGGCGACAGGUGCGCUGUAGGUAGGGAGCUCUCCUGUGUUUCUUUCCCGUUGGAGGGGAAUUUUGCAUGCGCAAUACCGAGGCAACUACACCGCGCCAUCUGUCGCCGGAUCUUGGAACUUGCAAUUGCCGUGUCUAUUCAGAUUCCACCUAUCAAAAAACCCGUGUGGAACAGGGGUCUAAAUUAGCCCCCGAUUAGCCCCAUCGAGCUCGAUGGGGCUAAUAGACACGGGGAUUUGACACACGGGUCUAUUUAGACACGGCAAUUCAUAGGUGUAAGCGCAAAAGACACUGGGAUUUGAUAGGUGGAAGUACGACUAAUAUGUGGUAUGCAACUGUGCAAUCUUUUGUUCAUGCUGGUUUGUUGUGGCUCUCUGCGGUUCCUCUGCUGGUACAAAGUAAACUAUUAUAAUUGUUGCUUCUUAAGGCUGUGCAGAUGGCUCCAGCAUGGCCAAGUAUAAUUGUUACACAACAGAUGUCAAGCGACACUAUAAUCCCUUUAAUCAUGACAAAAUAGUCCCUUUAGUGACACUAUAGCCCCUUUAAGCACUAGAUGUUGUAUUCUUGUUCCAUGUGAAAACAUUCCAUGUGUGAAUUAUAUUUUUCUACUUCCUGAAUUCCUGGUCUUGUGCAAUCAAUGCUAAAAGCGCAGAAAAGGACUUCGUCUGCUGUCUGAAAAGGUUAUGUCAUGUUUGUGAAAAAAGAUUCUGUCGUAACAGAAUUGGUAUGAUCAGAAAGAGCUGAUCAAGAGUUUUUCAGUAAAUGGUCAUGUCAUUAGGUUUUAACAUUUAUGAACUUUUGGGACAAUUUCUUUUUCAUAAUGCCACUAGUCCUUUAAAUGUGCUUACAGGGCAAGUCAAUUGCGGUACCUGUCUUUCAAGAAUUAGAAAGCCUAUAAAAUAUAUGAUGUAAAUAUAGGCCUACCUUUCUCUCUGAGUAAAAGUCAAAUGCAUGUCGUCAAAUUGAAUUCAGCUUUUCAUUGAUUCAUAUUUUAUCAAAAUAGAUAGCAAGUUUUGCUGAUAUGUUGCGAGAUAAUUUCAAAAUCAAAAAUGUGCUGUUGUCAAAUUUCGUAUUUUUGAGCUGUCCCUUGAAACAGCGUUCUGUCAACUUGGAUAUUUCAACAAGAAGUUCACCAUGAAGAAACUAAAGUCUUACUGGUAUUUCCUUUAUCUUUUCUGAUUUCUGCGUCGAAACUAUUUUCAAACUACUCGGCUGGAGGAUUAUUUUAUUGGUCGUCCGUGACGUACUUUUCAUAGUUGCUAUGGUGUUGGGUACAAGUUUGAGUUUUUCGGGUGACUUGAAUAUCCCCUCCUCCUUAUUCUGUAACUUCCCCUGUCUAUCCUAUUAUUGUCUUGUCAAGAAAUUAUAUUUAAAGGGUAAUUCGUGUCAAAUUUCACCAUAUAAUGUUUUAGCUGUUUUUGACAAAUGACUACGUCACUUUCUAAUAAAUCGGUAAGGUUUUCGAAUCGAAAUGCACAUUUUCUAGAAAUUUAUGGUUUAAUCCCGCCCGGACGGCUCGCUUCGAUGCCGUUUUCGUUGAUGACGUCACAACAUGAACAUUUUUCGCGGUCGCGGUGGUUUACAUUUAGCGAUUUUAUAAUAAAUCUAAUCAAAAAUGGAAAAUUUGAGCUUUACAUUUGUGAUCAACAAUUAAAAACGGACGUAUUUCUGCAAAGUUGUAAAUCACAUCAUAGUAUCACUUUAAUUGGCAAAAUUUACCAGUAUCUGGUUGAAUACUGAAAAUUGUGAUGCUGAAAGUUAUUGAAUUUGCCCAUAUUUGAUUACGUUUCCAGGUCGAAAAAGUAUCAAUGAGAAGAAGGGAAACAUUAUUUAUUUGCCCUUGUUGGUUUUAGGCCUAAUGACCCUACGAAGUUGUUUCAUGUUUCAUUCUUAAAUAAGACAGUAGAACCAAAAGAAUUUAGGCCAGGGUGUGAGCAAGCUUUGUUUGAAAACAAUACCGUGUAAUUGGCUCGGCCUGAAUUUUUAGCUCACCGUUCAGGGGAGCUUAUACGAUACCGUGUCAACCGUCUUUUGAGAAAAGAGUGGUACGUUUCUUCCACUUGACCUAGAAGGUUCAUACUUGUGUGUGUGUACCCCUAAGCAAGAUCUUCUGUGGUAGGUUCUCCUAGCAAGGAUACAUCACAUAUCAUGUGGGUUUUUGAUUUCACCUAAUUUUCAAGGUCACAAAGGUCAAGUGGCGUAAAUUGGCCGUUUGAGUGUAACUAUGGCACUUUUCUGAUGGGUAUCCUGAUAUCUAUGCUAUAUACCAAAGCAUUUGGUAUGUGCCUGUGGUGGUUUCUGAUAACUAACAAUUGCCUGUAUGAUUGACAAUAUUACUAUGUAUGAAGUAGGGAGCUUUGGUGUCAUGACACUUAAUUGAUCAAUUAACUCCAACUGUUUAGGGGCUUAGUCCAUUCAUUGCACCGGAUUAUAGCAGUCUUUCAAUAUAAAUUGAAAGACCCUGAUUAUAUAAUGUGUAUGAAAUUGAGUGGGGAGCUUGGGCCACUUGACUCUGACACUUAAUUGAGCAAUUAGCUCCCAACAGUUUUGGGGGUCAGUCCAUGCAUUGCACUGGGCUGAAGUGUGUGUAAAAAUGAGUGUCUUCAGGGCCUCCUCAAAUUUGGAUCAUUUAGCACUCAAAUUUUGGAUUAUUUAGCAAAAUUCUUGAUACCACUCUGAGAGGCUGAUUAUGCUAACAAAUAGGUGAGUUAGUUUAUUGAUGUAUUUUACAUUCUCUUCACAUAGCAGCAGCAGUGAAUUAAAGGCAGUAUUCAUCAUUCCUUAGAAGAAUAGGCCCUACUUCUCUCUAGCCAUCGUCUGGCGUCUUUUAUCGUGAGGAUCCAAAGCUAAAAAGGUACUCCAAGCAACAAUACAUCACAUGUCAUACCGACUUUGGUUUGACCUAUAUACUAUACAUCACAUGUAGAAUGUGUCUUAACCAGGAUGAAUUCCUAACCAACAAAUAUCUAGUUGGUGAGCACAAUGGCCCCUGACCCUUUCAUUUUAACUGUGAGGUAUUAGGGGCAAAAUAACUAUGUAGUCCAGGAUUUCAAGCAACGGGGGGGGG